AUGAGCGUCCAGGAGUACAUCGACCGCCACAACCUCCCCAAGCUGGUGGAGGAGGCGAUCAAUGCCUGCGUCAAGGUGAAGCCCGAGGACCCGGUGGGGUUCAUGGCCGACCACCUGCGCAAGAUGGCGCCCCCCGGGAUCACCAAGGUGGUGGGGCGCCAGAUCAUCGACUCCAGGGGCAACCCCACGGUCGAGGCGGACGUGCACACAGCCAAGGGGGUCUUCCGCGCCGCGGUGCCCAGCGGCGCGUCCACCGGCGUGCACGAGGCAGUGGAGCUGCGCGACGGCAACAAGCCUCACUGGAUGGGUAAGGGAGUGUCCAAGGCCGUGGACAACAUCAACACCAAGAUCGGGCCCAUGCUGAUCGGCAAGAACCCCGUGGAGCAGAAGGCGAUCGACGACGAGAUGAUCGCGCUGGACGCCACGCCCAACAAGGGCGCCCUGGGCGCCAACGCAAUCCUGGCGGUGUCCAUGGCCGUGUGCAAGGCGGGCGCCGCGGAGAAGGGCAUCCCGCUGUACAAGCACAUCGCGGAGAUCGCGGGCAACAGCAAGCUGGUCCUGCCGGUUCCUUCGUUCAACAUCAUCAACGGGGGCAGCCACGCCGGCAACGCGCUGGCGAUGCAGGAGUUCAUGAUCCUGCCCGUGGGGGCGUCGUCGUUCACGGAGGCCAUGAAGAUGGGGUGCGAGGUGUACCACAACCUCAAGGCGCUGAUCAAGGAGAAGUACGGGCAGGAUGCCUGCAACGUGGGGGACGAGGGCGGCUUCGCGCCCAACAUUGGGUCGAAUGAGGAGGGCCUCAACCUGGUCAACCAGGCCAUUGACAAGGCAGACUAUGCGGGCAAGGUGAAGAUCGGCAUGGACGUGGCUGCCUCCGAGUUCUGCACGGAGGACCAGAUGUACGACCUGAACUUCAAGACCCCGGACAACGACGGCUCCGCCAAGAAGACCGGCACCGAGAUGCUUGACAUGUACAAGGGCUUCUGCUCCAACUACCCCGUCAUCACCAUCGAGGACCCCUUCGACCAGGAUGACUGGGACAACACUGCUGCCCUGACCGCCGCAGGCGUCUGCCAGGUCGUGGGAGACGACCUGACGGUGACGAACCCCAAGAGGGUGAAGGAUGCCAUCGAGAAGAAGACCUGCAGCGCCCUGCUGCUCAAGGUCAACCAGAUCGGAUCUGUGUCUGAGGCGAUUGAGGCUGUGAGGAUGUCAAAGGAGGCUGGCUGGGGCAUCAUGGCCAGCCACCGAUCUGGAGAGACAGAGGACAGUUUCAUCGCAGACCUGUCUGUGGGUCUGGCAACAGGCCAGAUCAAGACGGGUGCGCCCUGCAGGAGCGAGAGGCUGGCGAAGUACAACCAGCUGCUGCGCAUCGAGGAGGAGCUGGGGGCUGACGCUGUGUACGCGGGCGAGAACUGGAAGCACAUCGGUUGGGAGCCGAAGGCAGACGCCUAG